AUGCGAUCUGUUUUCUUUAUUGCUUUAUUGAUUGGUCUAACGGCAGUUGCUACUGCCGAGGAUGUACUCGUCUUCACUGAUAAUGAUUUCGAGACUAAAAUUAACCAACAUGAUAUCAUUCUUGUUAAGUUUUAUGCACCAUGGUGUGGUCAUUGCAAACGGCUUGCACCUGAAUAUGACAAAGCUGCCACGAUUUUACUUAAGACUGAUCCACCUGUAGCUUUAGCUAAGGUUGAUUGUACUGUUGAAACUAAAAUCUGUGGUAAACAUGGUGUCAGUGGUUAUCCAACAUUAAAGAUCUUUAAAAAUGGUGAAUUCGCUGAAGAUUACAAUGGUCCCCGAGAAGCCGAUGGUAUUGUUUCAACAAUGAGAUCAAAAGCCGGUCCAUCAUAUCGCGUACUUGAAAACUUAGCUGAUUAUGAAAAAUAUUUAGACAAUACAGAACCAAGCAUUAUCGGUUAUUUCAGUAGUGAAACUAGUUCAUUGAAAGAUGACCUUGUUAAAGCUGCUGGUCAAUUAUCGGAGAAAUUCCGUUUUGCUUAUACAACAUCAUAUGAAAUUCUUGGUAACGUUGAAUAUUCAAAUAAAAUUGUUAUUCAUCAACCAAAACGAUUACAAACCAAACUUGAAAAUUCUUUUGUAGUUGUUGAAGCUACCGGUAAUGCAAUUAAAUCAUUUAUUCUAGAAGAAAUUCAUGGUCUUGUUGGUCAUCGUACACCAUCGAAUUUCGGUGAUUUUUCGAAACCAACUGUUGUUAUCUAUUAUAAUGUUGAUUAUGUUCGUGAUACCAAGGGAACAAACUAUGUUCGUAAUCGUAUAUUAAAAGUAGCUAAAAAAUUAGCUGAUGAAAAUGUCAAAGUUACUUUUGCUGUCAGCAAUGCUGAAGAACUUCGUCAUGAAUUAACCGAAUUCGGAGUUAAUGAUAUUAAAAAAGAUGGCAAAUAUGUUCUUGCUCGUGGUCCAGCUGGUGAAAAAUAUAAAAUGUCAAAAGAUUUUACUUAUGAACUUCUUGAAGAAUUCGCCCGUGCCGUUGCUAGCGGUGAUCAUGAGCAAUAUAUCAAGUCUCAACCUGUACCCGAACAAACUGAUGAUGUCAAAGUUGUUGUUGGAAAGAACUUCAACGAUAUUGUUAACGAUGAUACCAAAGAUGUUCUCAUCGAAUUCUAUGCACCAUGGUGUGGUCAUUGUAAAUCACUUGCUCCUAAAUAUGAUGAAUUAGCUAAGAAAUUAAAGAAAGAAACAAAUAUUGUUAUUGCUAAAAUGGAUGCUACUGAAAACGAUGUUCCACCUGCAUAUGAAGUUCAAGGAUUUCCAACAAUUUACUUCGCACCUAAGAAUAGCAAAAGUAGUCCACGCAGAUAUGAAGGUGGACGUGAAGUUGACGAUUUCAUUAAAUACUUGGCUAAAGAAGCUACUGAACCUCUUAACGGUUAUGAUCGUAACGGAUCAAAGAAGAGCAAAAAGGCAGCCGACGACGAACUCUAA